AUGGAGAUCAAGUACGAGUACACGCGGAAGCGCAGCGAAUUCGGGCGGCCCUGCAGCUUCUCAGACUUCCUGGCCGAGGUGACCGUGGACAUCCCACCCGACCCCAGCCUGGCUGAUGACUUCAUCCCACAGGACCCCGUGGACUUUGCUGUGCAGGAGGGUCCUGUCAUGGCCCUGCACGAGGUGAACACGGAUCGGGUGCAGGUGUCCAUCCAGGGUGUGAACCAUGUGGAGGGUGGGUGGCCCAAGCACGUUGACCCCAAGAACUCAGAGCUGACCACCCGCUACCGGGAGGAGGUGGAGAGGGAAGAGGUCUACACCAGGAGUGUCCAGCGCCUUGGCUCUCUGGUGGAGCACUACGUCAAGCAGAACAACACCAUCGACAUCUACGAGGAAUAUUUUGAGGAGGAAGAGGAGGAAGAUGAGGAGGAUGAGCCUCCCUCAGCCAAAACCAUCAAUGUCCUCAGGGACCCCAACCAGACCAAGAGGAUGGCCAUGCACCUCUCCUGGCACCCUGAUGCCAACAGGGCAGUGGCUGUGGCUUAUUGCAGCCUGGAAUUCCAAGACAGCAGGAAGGACAUGAGCUUUGAUUCCUACAUCUGGGAUCUGGAAAAACCCUACAGCCCAGAGCUCACCCUCAAGCCCUCGUCCCCUGUGCUGACCCUGGAGUACAAUUCCAAGGACUGGCAUCAUGUGCUGGGAGGCUGCUACAAUGGGCAGAUAGUGUAUUGGGACACCAGGAAAGGGGGGCUGCCCAUGGAGAUGACCCCUGUGGAGUUCAGCCACAGGGACCCUGUGUAUGGAGCGUGCUGGCUGCCCUCCAGAACGGGCACUGAGUGCUUCUCAGGCUCCACCGAUGGGCAGAUCCUGUGGUGGGACAUCCGCAAGAUGUCACAGCCCAGCGAGAAGCUGAUCUUGGACAUCACCCGGGAAGAUCAGCUGAAGAAGGCUCUGGGUGCCAUGUCCCUGGACUUUUCACCCACCAUGCCCACCAAGUUCCUCGUGGGCACAGAGCAGGGCAUCAUCAUCUCCUGCAAUCGUGACGCCAAGACACCGCCCGAGAAAAUUGCCAACAUUUUCAGUAGCCACAUCGGGGCUGUCUACAGAGUGACCAGGAACCCCUUCUUCCCCAAAAUCUUCCUGUCAGUCGGUGACUGGACUGCUCGGAUCUGGACAGAGGAGCUCAUGGAUUCAUCAUCAAUUAUGGAGACCAAGUACCACACUCCCUACCUUCUGGACACGUGCUGGAGCCCCAUGAAGCCAGCCGUGUUCUUCACCACCAAGUCAGAUGGGACCCUGGACAUCUGGGACUUCCUCUUCCACCAGAAGGAGCCUGCCCUCAGCAUCAAGGUGUCCAACGAACCCCUGCUCAGCCUGUGCUCGCAGGACAACGGGCGCAUCAUUGGCUGUAGCACCAGGAUGGGCACUGUCUUCCUCCUGGAGAUCUCCUCAGGGUUCUGCACCCUCCGGAAGAACGAGAAGACCCUGACCUCCUCAAUGUUCGAGCGGGAGGCAAGGCGGGAGAAGGUCCUGCAGGACAAAUAUCGGGAGCGGCUGCUGCGGGAGCAGGAGCGGGCACGGGCCCGGCCAGAGGAGCAGGAGGAUCCCCAGGAGGUGUUCAAGCAGGUCCAAGCAGAUUUCCUCGCCAACAUCAAGGCAGAACGGCGCAGGAGGGGCAUGGAAGACCCUGGAGAGGGUGAAGAGGGAGAGGCAGCUGCGCAGUAG